UAUAGCUUCCAAUGCAGUCAACUCAAAAAUGGAUUCACAAUCUGUACAAAACAACGCAGCUGUGAGAUCCAAAAUUUCCCGUUUUCGUGGAAUAAUCUGACGUAGUAUGGAGUUUUGUGAGAGCCUUGAGUGCCAGUAACCAGUGCCUCUUCUACUGACAUCGAACAAAGACGCUCCAGUAAAAUAAAUUACACCAGUGUCUUCCAAUAUCAUCGCUGAGCGAGGAAUCAAGGUAUCUGAGGGUGAGAAUGGUGCUGCCUGUGCUUGGUGCCCUGGCAGGGUUGGUCAAGGUGCGUUACUCUCGCACUCUUGUUGAUAGUCAGAUCUUCCGGUUGCAUUACCACUGGACGGCAGCCUUCUGCUUCAUUUGCUGCGCCCUCGUCACCGCCUCCGAAUACAUUGGUAGUACUAUAGAGUGUUUGUCUGGCCAGACUGACGUUCCUAAACCCAUCACCACCUACUGCUGGAUAUCAUCUACCUUCACUAUCAACUCUACUGGUGCAAUAGUUGGUGUAGGACCAUACAACCCCAAGUACCAUCAGCAACGCUUCCAUACAUACUACCAGUGGGUCCCAGUAGUGCUCUUCAUCCAGGGUUGUUUCUUCUAUCUUCCACACUUGAUAUGGAAGAGUUGUGAGGGUAAGCAAGUGGACUUCUUACUUCAGGACCUCAACAAGAGUCUCUUUGAUGACGAUGCUGACAAGAAGAAAGAAAAUAUUAUCAAGUACCUGAAGGAGUCUCAGGGUCUCAAUAUGAACUAUUUCGCCGUGUACUUCAUGUGUGAGGUGCUCAACCUCGUGAAUGUUGUGGGUCAGAUGUUUCUCAUGAACCUCUUCCUCGGGGGGUUCUUCAUGAAAUACGGUAUUAAGGUGAUCGCAUUCUUUGCGGCUGACGACCUGAAGAGGAACGACGCCCUGAUGGAGACCUUCCCGAGGAUGACCAAGUGCUUCUUCCACAUGUUUGGAUCCUCAGGAGAAAUAGAGAAGAAGGAUGUGCUCUGUGUCCUUCCCCAGAACAUUAUCAACGAGAAGAUCUAUCUGGUGAUGUGGUUCUGGUUCAUCAUUCUCACUAUUCUUACUAUCUUACAGGUCUUGUGGCUGGUGGCAACAUUCGUCAGCGAUGCAUUGCGACUUCGACUACUGCAGCUCAUGGCUAAAACUACGUUUUCCCCAAGACUAGAACAAGCCAUACGUCACAUGCAUCUAGGUGACUACUGCCUCCUCCACAGCAUAGGAAGGAAUCUAGAUGUUCUUAACUUCAGGGACAUCUUGCAAGGCAUCACAGAAGCUGCAGAAGAUAACGACCACAGUCCCAGCGCCCCGCCCUAUGGAACAUAUCGUCCCAUUCAUGCACUUGGGGACCCUGAUAUGAUCCCACGCAAGCGUCAAAUGAUAAUGGAAACAAUCCAGUAGAAAUACGUUACCAGCAUUUUUGUUCUUGAUACUAUUCAGAGAAGGAAUAAUGCAAGAGAAGGCGUGAAACAUGGUACCUGUAGUCUGUACAAGGUUCCGAAGUUCAUUGGCCCCCGCGGCCCGGUUAUACACCAGGCCUCCAGGUUGAUGGCCUAGUCAGUCAGGUUGUUCGUUAAGGAUAUUUUUCACAGUCUGUCAUGUCACCAGUUUCCGGUAGUGUUGUUACAGUGUGCAGAAGGUAACCAGUUCCUCCAGCUUAUAAUUAUCUGGAGCUGAUGGGAUCUCAUUACACAUUAAUGGAAUAGUUUUGACUGGCGGGAUUCGUCCUAAAGGUCAAAUUUCUGUAUAUAUUUACUUAAAAUAUUUUAUGUAAUUAAUGUGCGAGGCCACGAGAUAGAUAAUAUCAUCGCGAGGCUAUGACUUGUACCUUGUUGUGAUUCCUUGAUUCACCUUGCUGUGAUUCCUUGAUUCACCUUGCUGUGAUUCUUUGAUUCACCUUGCUGUGAUUCCUUGAUUCACCUUACUGUGAUUCCUUGAUUCACCUUGCUGUGAUUCCUUGAUUCACCUUAC